AUGUCUGGUGCCGAGAUAGUGGGCGUAGCGGCCGCCGCCUUCCAGUUUGCUCAAUUCGUUGGCAGACUGGGUGAGCUUCAUUCAAAGCUCAGGACCUUUCAAAGCGCUCUCGAAUCCCUAAGUGAAGCUGCACAAACCAUAGAAUCAUCGACGCGCCGCACCAAAAAUGAAUCUAACGCAUUGCGCCGCAUGAAACAAGGUCUUGAGGACAGCUAUCAUACCUUAUUUGCAUUAUUUCGUUGCUGGGGUAAACUUCGAAAGCGUGGAACGCGUUCAAGUCUCCGGCUCGUGGUCGACUAUUGGUUCUACGAAAAUGAGGGCAAAGAAGUUGUUAGCAGAGGCGUGGAUGAGAUUGUUGAUCGAGUGAAAUCUAUUGAAAGCGCGCUUCUAUCCAUCAACACGCAUGUCGCAUAUGAUUCUAGGGAGGUCAUAUUCGCAAUUCAUGAACGCCGACCCUCCUCCACCCCCUCCACAUAUUCAACAUCGUUCGAAGAUGAUGAUACGAUGACCAUGUGUGAGAUCGGAGAGGUUAAAUGGAACCUCGAGCUGCUGAUAGAUGAAGAGUCCGACUCAGACACCUCAGGCUUGUCUGGUGCCAUCAUCACUGCCAUUGAGAACAAGGAGUCUCGAGUCGUCGCCCAGUUAUUGGCCAACGGAGAGGAUCCCCUGGCGAAAGAUGAUAAUGGAUGGUGUGCCUUUCAUUAUGCUGUGAGGGCAGACAGCAAAAAGGUCAUGCGUGAACUUCUCCGCUCAAAGAAGGUGCAGCGCGAUAUAGAAGGAGUUGACAGGCGAAACAAAAGCGGAGCCACACCUCUCCAUUUUGCAUCCUCUAUCGGCAGGAAAUCAAUGGCCAGGGAAUUACUCAAUGCCAAAGCUGACAAAAACGCGGUAGACAACCACAAUCGUUCACCGCUUUUCGUUGCUGUUGAGGGGAAGCACAUCGGUAUCGUCGAGCUUCUGUUAGAUGAGGGCGCGAAGUUUGAGCCUUCUACUCCGGUUCGGUUCAAGCAAAUGAGAAACACCAUCAACAAUAACAAAUCUAUAAUGGCCAAGGCACAGAAAGUCUGA